GAGAGCGGCCUUGUGAUGACGGCCAUGGCGAUGGGAGGAAUGGGUCGGUAUCCAUUCUCGUUGACCUCACCGUCCCUUCCUUCCCUCCCUCCAAUGGGGUGGGAGUAUGGGAGAGUCAUAUAUAGCCUCUUCUCGCCCAAAACACCGCCAGAUAUGAAGAGAAGGCCCACUGUCCUUUAACGAAGGAAGAAAGAGUGAGGCAUGAAGAAAGGAGAGGGAGAAGAGAUGGAGAAGAAGUGGUCCGACAUAAGGUUGGCAACUGAGGAGCUCUCUUUGGUGAAGCCUGAGGAGAAGAACAUCUCCACCUUGGCCUUCUUAGGUGUCUCCAACCUACUACUUCAAGUCCUUGAUAAGAUUGGACCUACAAUGUCAGUCUUGAGGCAGGACAUACAGCGGAAUAUCCAGAGAGUGGAAGAGCUAUAUUUAUCAGACCCAACAGUUUAUUCAAGCUUGGUAGGGAUAUUGAAGAAGGAGGAGGUGGAAGGGAGUACAAGAAAGGCUGAAAGCAGUUCCAAAGCUGUCGUAUGGCUUACCAGGUCCAUUGAUUUCGGAGUAACUUUGUUGGGAAAAUUGGAGAAGGAUCCUAACUCGAGUUUUGAACAAGUAGUAGAAGAAGCAUACAAGAACACAUUAAAGCCAUGGCAUGGUUGGAUAUCAUCUGCAGCUUACAGAGUAGCCUUGAAGCUCGUUCCAGAGAGGGAAUUCUUCAUCAGCUUGCUGAUGGGCGAAGGGCAAGACUAUGAUGCUCUGAAAGAAGAUAUCAUGAACUUGGUAAAAAUGCUUCAGCCUCUUCUAGAUGAAAUAUACACCCUUCUGAGGACUUAUCGGGUGGACAGAUUGAAGUCUACAUGAAAGUGUUUCCCUCAAAAAAGAAGUCUGCCUAAGGGUUGAAUCAUACCAUCUUGUAUGCAUGUAUGUAGUCUAACUUCAUCUUGUAAACAAUAGUAACCCAAUUGUCCUUAGACCUUCCAUAAUUAUGUAAAUUAAAUGCUUUCUAUUUUUACUUGUAAUAUACUCUUGAACAAGUUUUGAGAUGUUAAAUAUAUAAUGGAAGAGGCUGUAAAUCAA